CCAAACCCCUCACUUUCCUUUUACUAUCUCACUGUCCACAUUACAGUCUUCUCACACUACCAACAACUAAACAAACCCACCACAGCCUCCAGAUUUCUUCGCUAAGCUACUUGAAAUCCAACAGGUCCCCCAUUAUUUGUAACGCCCAGAAGUCACAAUUCUACCAAAAAUCCACCAUUUCUUGAAACUUUUUGGGAGUUGCAAGAAGAAUGCCCAUUAACACUGAAUCUACUCCUCCUCCUAGGAUCGGUAAGAUCGGUCCAUACACAGUUUUCAUGACCCCUCCGGCCACACCCAAUUCCGGUUCUGCCGAGUCACCAAAAAACCCGGCAGACUCGAAGCUGUCACCACUACCAGUUCAGCCGCAACCGGUUCAGACACCAGCGGUUCAGGUGCCACCAGCUCCGGUCGAGAAGUCAUGUCCGGUUUGGUCUCCCCCAAUGCAGUAUGAUAAACCCUCUACGAAAUCUCACUCGUUUUUUGGGGUUUUCUGGAACGCUGUGGCUAAAGUUCAAAAUGCUCAUGCGAGUUUGGAUGAACAAGUGGCAUACUGGUUUGGGUUGAAUCAGUCAAAGUAUCAGUGGGCGUUGGAUGAUUACUAUGAGAGCAAAGGAAUUAACCAGACCGAAGAAAAAGCAAAAGCUGUAGCUAGCAAAUUAGAGAAUGUAUGAUAUGCAAGGAGAAGGAAUGUCUCUGGCCUUUAAGUUGCCUGCAGAAUCUGCAUUUGCCCAUAUGCUACAUAUUAUGUGUGAUAUAGAGAAAGACGAACUGGUGCAUGGAAGCUUCUUUUCCUUAACGUAUCAGAAUGUUAUUGUCUCAAAUUUUUAGCUGCUAUGGUGCAGCAGCUAAUGAUGUUGUGUUGUAGGCCUUGCCCCAUGUAGUCUUUUUGAGGUUUUUCAUUAUAUGCUAAAGCUUUCUAUUCUAUCUUUUACAAUUUAUCUAUGUAUUUGUAACUGGACAUCAUAUUCAACUUGUAGAAAGUUUCUCUCAAACUAGGGUAUUUCCAGUUGCUAGUUC